AAGAAGGAGAGGAGGAAGAAAGCAGCAGUAUACCUAUUAAAAGGAGGUAACGAAAAAUUAAAUAUGUAUCUUAAAAAGGAUAUAUUAAAAAUAUUAGGUAAUAGCGGUUACCACUUGGAAGAGUGGGAGAUGACAGAUGACGAAUAUGAAUAUGAAGUACUACAGCAAGUAGAAGUAGCACCACAGCUGCUACUACAGCAAGUAGAAGCAGAAGUAUCUGAACACCUACAAUUUCUAUUUAUAUUAAGGACAAAUGGUGGAGAUCCGAUUUGA